CAGAAAACUCAUAAUUGAAUAUUAAAUAUGUUUGUAAGUAAUGUGAGAUUAUAAUCAUUAUCAUGGAUACAUUUCAUCCUGUCUUAACUAGAAAGAAGCAGGAAGAGUGACAAGGCAACUUUGCUGGGUUUCCUGCUUUCCUAAUGUACAUAUUGCUGUUAAAUGCAAGCUUUUUAUUCGCUCAACAUCUUGUUACACAGGUAGUGAAUCAUGCAAGUAUUGGAGUGCUGAAACAACACUUCAGCUACCCAGAGUAGUUUGGAAGAACCCUGCAAUAUUUGGUAGAGGUGGUGUUGAAACUUACUGGUCUGUUGCAUGCUGCUCAAUCUCACUACUAUUUGGGGUAGAUAGCCCUUGUUAGUUUGUAAAGCCAAACCAAUUUGGAGCAACCAUAUUUGCAAGAACAGAGGCAAACUACACAGGCCCUUCUGACAGGGCUGUCUCUGAAGUGGUCAGUUAAUUGUGAUGUGAGUAAAUGCAACCCAAUAUCCUAUUCACUUGCAGUACUAAUUUUCCCUCUGUCACUGACCAUGAAUGCAUUGUAAAUCCUAAUGCAAAAACAAAUACUACCACAAAAUGAAUCUUUCAAACUAAAUUUGUAACUCAAAUUAUUCCAUGUUGCAUACAAAUAUUAACUUAUUUAUUUAUUGACAGGAUGUGUGCACUACUAGCGAGGCCAACAUUUAUUGUGCAUAUUUAAUUUCCCUUCAGGUGAUGAUAUGCCGCUUCCUGGAAAUGUGGCUAUCAUUUGGUGCAGAUACACCCAUGAGCUGUUAGGAAGGGAGUUCUAGGAUUUUGACAUGGUGACAGUGAAGGAACAGCAGUAUAAUUCCACAUGAGGAUGAUGUGUGUCUUGGAAGAGAACAUUCAGAUGAAUUAUGAGCUUGAAAUCGGAACGUAGAGGAAUUCAUGUAGACCAGUCAGAGCUACUGUGUAAGAAAGGGUGUGGUUACUAUGGAAAUCCUGCUUGGCAAGGUUUUUGUUCCAAGUGUUGGAGAGAAGAGUACAGCAAAGCAAGACAGCGACAAAUUCAGGAAGACUGGGAGCUUGCAGAACGUUUACAGCGUGAAGAGGAAGCUGCUUAUGCUAGCAGCCAAGGGGCUCCAUCACUCACCUUUUCUAAAUUUGAAGAGAAAAAAACAAAUGAAACAAAAAGAAAAGUCCAGACUGUCAAAAAGUUCUUCAGUCCAUCAUCCCGGGCUGCACCAAAGAAAGACAGAGUUCUUAAGCAUGGAUUAGGUGGGAGGGAAUGCAAUGCGGAUAACAUUCUUAGGGAUUUGAAGGAAAUUUUUACUCCACCAUGGGAGCUGGCAUCUCCUACUGAAGCAGACAGUCAGGAAGUUAAAGCCUCAAGUCCAUCCAUAAAUAGGCAGACCAGCCUAGAAACAGAACGUGCAUCUAAGGAUUUUAUUGAUUUCCUUAAGAUCUUUCGCAAACCUGGUCAAGAUAUACUAAAACAAUGCAGAGGAUUUAUUGAGUCAAUGCAACAUAAAAAGGAAUUGAGCAUUGAGGAACAAUCUGAGUGUGUCCAGGACUUCUAUCAAAACACGGUUGACCGACUGCAGACCCACUCCAGUUUUAAAGGUUCCUCUGAACGGAUAGAAAAAUUGAUGGACCAGAUUGAAAACUACAUCAUGACACGACUAUACAAAAAUGUGUUUUGCCCAGAGACAACUGAUGAUGAGAAAAAAGACCUUGCAAUUCAGAAAAGAAUCAGGGCAUUGCACUGGGUCACUCUUGAAAUGCUAUGUGUUCCAGUGAAUGAAGAAAUCCCUGAAGUUUAUGAGUUGGUUGUGAAAGCAAUUACAGCUAUUAUUGAAAUGGAUUCAAGACGUGUUCCACGUGAAAAAUUGACCUGCAUCACACAAUGCAGCAAGCAAAUAUUCAAUGCUAUAAAGAUCACAAAGAAUGAGCCUGCUUCUGCUGAUGACUUCUUACCCACACUUAUCUACAUUGUUUUGAAGGCUAAUCCACCUCGCUUACAGUCAAACAUCCAGUAUAUUACUCGAUUCUGCAAUCCAAGCAGACUGAUGACUGGAGAAGAUGGAUAUUAUUUCACAAAUUUAUGUUGUGCUGUUGCCUUCAUUGAGAAAUUGGAUGCCCAAUCUUUGAACCUGACUCAGGAAGAUUUUGAUCGCUAUAUGUCUGGCCAAGCAUCACCUAAGAAGCAGGACUCUGAGGAAUGGUCUCCUGACACGUGUCCAGGACUGAAGCAGAUGUACAAAAACCUAAAUCUUAUUUCACAACUGAAUGAGAGACAGCAAAAACUUUUGUCAGAUGCCAAGCAGCUUGAAAAAGAUCUAAUUGACUGGAGUGAAGGUGUGACAAGAGACGUUGAAGAUAUUAUUGAGAAAUAUCCACUUGAAAUCAAACCUAGAGGCCAGCCAGUGGCUGCAAUUGAUUCUGACAAUGUAGAAAAUGACAAGCUUCCACCACCAAUCCAGCCACAAGUAUUCAUUAGUUGAAAGAAUCUUAAAUGAAUGUUUAACUUGAGCUAACACUCAUUUGACAUUCAAACUGUUCACUGCUAACCAUGGCUCUGGAGCAUACAUUACAUGAGUACAGCUAUGUGCAAACUAAUGAUUUUGUGAAAUGUUUGAAGUAAUAUUUGCAGUUCAUUUGUAAAAUAUAGAUUUGUUGGGGAUUUAUAACAAAGGCUACUUCUAAAGUUAAUGUCUGAACCCUGACUUUUUUUUUAACAGAUCAAAAUUGUAAUGUUAUGGUUAGUACCUUUUUUAAUGCGAAGUAAAAGCCAAGAAAUGAAGGAAUCCUUCAGCACAUUAGGCAGUAUGCACAGAAUCUUCAGUCAAAUCUAGCCUGAUUAGCUGAAUGUGUUCAGUGUUUGCCUUUUAUUGUCUUAAAUUCCUCACAUCUAGAGUAUUUUGUUUUUGUUUUCUUUCUUUAAUCUGGCAUACAAAUUUCAAGGUGUGUUUUAUAUUCACUAAAUUCUCUGCAACACUUAUUUUUCUUGAUGCAUCAUUGAGGACAGUGCAUAUUCAGGGAUUCUAUUUAAAGUUACUGAGUAAAUUUAAAUUUUGCCUAAUGCGUGCAAUUCUGGGAUUAACUCCAUGAUUCAGUUUUUUUGAAAAAAUUAGUAACCAUUGUUGAUAUUUCUUUGAUAAUCUUAACUUGAGUGCAAUGUUUCAUUGUAAUUAGGCUCAUGGUGUAACUCAUUGGUAAUUUGGCAGAUAGUAUAGAGGGUUCCAUCCUUUAAAGCAAAAGGAUAAGUCAUUACAUUUUUCAUUUCAUCUCAUGUUAUAUUAUGCAAAAAGAAACAAAGGCCAUUUCACAUUUUAUUAUAUUUGCCAACUCCUUUGUUCCUUAUUUUUGGUUUGAAACCAAGUCAGCAAUAAAUAUGAUUUAGUUGGAGGUUUUCCUUGUAUGGGCCAGCUGUGUGAGUAUUACAAAGUGCUUGAGGCAUUAUUCAUUUUGUGGUCCGUUUGCAAUAAUUUAAUCUGAAUGUGGUCGAUGGAUGUUAAAAUUCAAGCAGAGGUCUGACAUUAACUUGAUAAAAGUAACUCUUGUUUCUGUACAAAAGUUUGGUUGGGUUGUCUAUCAAUAUUUUUAGUUGCUACAUUUUCCAACUGGCAUAUUCCCAUUUAACACUGGUUGCUGACUUAAAUCAUCUGACAGUCAUUUAUUUUUUUUUUAGUCUCUAGAACAAUUUACGUACAUAAAAACAUAUUCUAACAAAAUAUCAAUAGAAACAGUACUUACUUAUUUAAACUUUGGCAUUGUAGAGUUUUAUGUUCAACGAUUGAAAUAUAAUAGGCAGUUUUGCACAACUUCACAUUAAAGCUCCAUAACUCCAGUUAAAUUUUUUUUCAAAUUUCAAUAUAAUAAAUUAGAUUGCUUCUCCUAUAGGUAAGCCUACAUUAAACAAACUGGAGGGUUCCAUGAAUAAAUCUUCAUAUUUCAUUACAAUUCUUUGGGAGGUCCUAUUGUUGUAAACGGUGCUGUCAAGAAGCAGCUUUUUUUUUCUACUUUUUUGUUCUGGCUUAUGUUAGCUGAUUUCAACUGACAAUUUUUGACACAUUUCAGCAUCCUGGCAUGGACAGUAUUUCCAUUCCUGAUUCACGCCCAUUGGUCCUGCUAGAAUGUGUGCUCUGAUUCUGUUGAGGAUAAGGUCAGCUUUGUAGUGAUGUACCUGCUGUCAACUAGUGUACUGAUUCUGGAGAGCUGCUAUAAAAAUUGACCACUUUGAGGUGCUUGAGAGUUGAACUUUAGCAUUACUGAUGCAAAUGUAUAUUCCAGUACUCCACGUAGCUUUCAUGUACAGAAUAUCUAUAAAUUCUAUUGAAACUUCUGACUGAUCUUUUUCAGUCAGCUUCAAGGAGAAAAUACUGAAAUUACCAAAGGACAAUUGCCCUCUUUUAUUUUCAGGAUAAACCGUUUGUACAGAAUUUAACUUUUGGAAAAUGAUACAUUGUCAUUUAUGUUUGAUGUUUUUGUGUAUAUUUGUAAAAACAAGGUAGUGAGCAGUGUGGUAUGAAAUCUCAGUAAAUAACCUUGCCACAAUAUGGUAGUGAGUAAACAAAAUACCUUUUUUGAAACAAAUCCAUUAUUCACAUCAAGUGGAAAAAUUCUCAUUGAUGUUUCAGGAAACUGGAACUACGAUGAAACCAACUGUCAUUUGUGGGUCACAAAUUUCGUCAUAGUUCAGGAUAAAUACAUACACACUCCUUAUUUGUUACAACUUGAGAAAUUUUAACUUGAUCACAGUACAUAAAAUUUCACGUAAUAGCUAAUAAUUCAGUAAUCAGUGAAGUGCAGUUGACGUUUUCAAAAAAUUAAGUUGUCCUGGUACUGUAUCAUUGUUUCUUUUAAUGAUCUCUACAUAGAAUAACUGCACUUUAUGCAAAGCUUGAUGACUUCUGUGAUUGUUUAAACUUUAUUAUUUUGUGCUCUUGAGAUUAGUUCACAUGUAGAUAAAGAUAGUACUCUUUAUUUAUGGGUUUGUGUUUCAUUUCUGCAUGUGAACUUCUUGGAGUGUGUAAAUCCCACUUCCUGAAUGGACGGAAAAUGAUCGUAUUUGCUUUUGGGACAGACAGCUUGGGAUUAAACUAUUUUUACUGGAGAAGCUGUCUUUAUUGGUGCAAUUUUUUUCCUAGUCCUUUUAUUAUUUUCUUCACCUGAUGAACUCUGCAAUCAAUCUGCAUGUAAGAAAUAUUCAGUCCAUUGGUAAAUCACUUUGGAAAGCCAAAGUGAUUCAAAGUUAUGAAUAAAGUUAUUACAAGGAUUGUUCCAGUUUUACGUCAUUGAGUCUCCCAAAUUAAGUGACACUGCUGAGAGUUUAAUUCACUUUCAAUGUGCAUAAUUUGCAUUAAAAAAGCACGGAGAAAGCUAAAAGAUUAAAUUUCUAUGAUGGGAGGUGCUGGUGUUGGAUUGGGGUGGACAAGGUCAGAAAUCACACGACACCAGGUUAUAGUCCAACAGGUUUAUUUGAAAUCACAAGCUUUCACAGCGUUGCCCCUUUGUCAGGUGAAGUGAGCCCUCACUUCACCUGAUGAAGGGGCUAUGCUCUGAAAACUUGUGAUUUCAAAUGAACCCUUUGGACUAUAACCUGGGGUUGUGAUAAAAUUCUUAAACUAACAUACAUGAAAUUAAAUGUAAAAUCCUUACAAAAGUUACCAAUUUUUAAGUGAAUAUUUAGCUUUGGUAAUCCCCUUUGUCCUAUUUUCCAGUGACCAUUUGUAAUUCUGAUCAUUACACCACUUGUUAAUUUGAGAGAUGUAGAGUAAGUUGUAAAACUAACUUUUCUUGAUUUCUUGGGCGGCAUAGCCCUUGGUGUUUUUAUUGUUUUGCAGCUUCUCUGUAAGCUCUUCAAUACUACUCCAAGAUUCAAAGUCAGGGUGAGUAAAUCAGGCAUGCACAUCUUAAAACAAACUUUUGGGGAAAUUGGUGGGAAGAAUAACCAGUAAUGAAGUGAACAACAGGACCACUGAAAAAGUAAAAUUGAAAAUACUUGUAAUUCAUUUUGGCUCGCGUAGCACCAAAUUAAGUGAUAAUGAGGGAGUGUUCUUUGCUGUUCUGCCAUAUACACAUACUAGUUUAAGUGCCAGCGAAUUAAACAAUGGUUUGAAUUGUUUAAACUUAAUAGCAGGUCUUUGAUUUGGUGAGAUUGAUUUGAUUUGCAAUUUCCAUUGUGGCACAAGUGGGGUUUGAGCACCACAUGUUUUGAGCAGGAAAGUAGUUGAUGAUAUGAACGUGAUAAAACCUCUAAAUGGGCUGAAUUUUAGUUCACUGUUCACAAUUUAACACUACAACCUUAUCCAAACAUUAAUAUGUGAAAAUGGCUAUUAACAACUUUUAGCUUACUAUCUAUCUAUUUGAAAUUCAAAAGUGGAGCAACUCCUUGUUAUCUCAAAAUUGAAAUCUAAACAACUGGUAAAUUGGUGCAAGUUGAAGUUUGACUUCACUUCCUGCUAAAUGUUUUUCUGUAGCUAAAAUCAGUGUUGUUUUUAAAAAUGUCAUCUAAGUUGAAAUGCCUGUUUUCAUGCCAUAAUUUAACAUCUUGUACAGUAUUAUUACUGUAAUCUGUAUGACUCCAGGUUGCACACAUUAUGUGUCUUAUGUGAUUUUUAAAUGAUUAAGCAAUUCUUAGUGAAUAAAUUGCAGUUUGUAGCAAUUAGACUUCACCUAUUUCAAUAUUUAAAGUGUAUAAUAACUUCAGUUUAAUGUCAAUAUGUGAAGAUAGUUUGGAAUUUUGGAACCAAGUGUAAUAUUUGAAAUCUUUGAAGUAUAUGGUUCAUCGUUGCCAUGAUAUUAAAUGGUGUUUGAGAAUUCAAAUAA